UGUGUUAACCUGCCAUCUUUUCCCAAAACGAGCAUCAUGAACUCUCCUCGAUUGUGCGGAGCUCUAAUGAUUCUCUUGAUCACAUCAAACAUUGUGGCGACUAAACAAAGGAUACCCACAACGUUAGAAGGCCCAUUUGAUCCAGUCACUCGUCGUUUCGAUCCAUCACUUCGUCGAGGCAGCAACGAUUUGCCCAUGGAUCAUCCUAGGCUGAAGCGAAACGUGACAUCAAUGUUUCCAGAACAGAUUGCUCUGGCAAUAUCUUCGCCAACUGCAAUGUGGGUCUCUUGGGUAACAGGGGAAGCUCAGAUUGGUUCAGAUGUCACACCGCUUAACCCUUUAACAGUUGCUAGUGAAGUUUGGUAUGGGAAAGAAAGUGGAGAGUAUACUAUGAAAAAGACUGGAGAUUCAUUAGUUUAUAGCCAACUCUAUCCAUUUAAGGGUUUGCAGAAUUACACGUCUGGAAUUGUUCAUCAUGUGAUGAUUGAUGGGCUUGAACCAGGGAGAAAAUAUUACUACAGAUGUGGAGAUAGUUCUCUUUCAGCCAUGAGCAAUGAGUACUUCUUUAAGACAUUACCAUUGCCUGGCCCCAAUUCGUAUCCUCGUCGAAUUGCAGUGGUUGGAGAUCUCGGUUUGACGCAUAAUUCUUCAACAACUAUUGAUCAUCUGACUAGAAACGACCCUUCAAUCAUUUUAAUGGUGGGAGAUAUGAGUUAUGCAAAUCAAUACCUUACAACCGGUGGCAAAGGAGCUCCUUGUUUCUCAUGCUCCUUCCCUGAUGCACCAAUAAGAGAGACAUAUCAGCCUCGCUGGGAUGGAUGGGGAAGGUUCAUGGAACCGCUAAUAUCCAGAGUUCCUAUGAUGGUUAUAGAAGGAAAUCACGAGAUUGAACCUCAAGCUGGUGGGAUAACUUUCAAGUCAUAUUUGUCAAGAUUCUCUGUUCCAUCCAAAGAAUCCAAAUCAAAAAGCAAAUUCUAUUACUCGUUUCAAGCUGGAGGAGUACAUUUCAUCAUGUUGGGUGCAUAUGUUGAUUACAACACUAGUGGUGCGCAAUAUGCUUGGCUAAAGGAAGAUUUGCAUAAUGUAGAUCGCAGUUUAACGCCUUGGCUGGUUGCUGCAUGGCAUCCGCCUUGGUACAAUAGUUAUUCUUCACAUUAUCAGGAAUUCGAGUGUAUGAGGCAGGAAAUGGAAGACCUUCUGUAUCAAUAUGGUGUCGACAUAGUUUUUUCUGGCCAUGUUCAUGCCUAUGAAAGAAUGAAUAGAGUCUACAAUUAUAGUUUAAACCCGUGUGGGGCAGUUUACAUUACAGUUGGAGAUGGAGGAAAUAUCGAGGAAAUUGAUGUGGAUCAUGCGGAUGAUCCUGGAAAGUGUCCUUCACCUGGAGAUAAUGUACCAGAGUUUGGAGGAGUCUGCCACUUGAACUUCUCUUCUAGCUCUGCAAAAGGUAAGUUUUGUUGGAGUCAACAACCGGAAUGGAGUGCUUAUAGAGAAAGCAGCUUUGGACAUGGAAUACUCGAGGUGAUCAAUUCAACAUAUGCAUUAUGGACUUGGCAUAGGAAUCAGGACAUUUACAAGGAACACAAAUAUAAUGAUCAAAUCUACAUUGUUCGACAGCCUGAACUCUGUCGCCUUUUUUCAAGGGAUGGAAAGAACGAAACAUGAUCUUGGUCGUAAAUUGGUCUUCUUUCAGAUGCUAUUUUUGACAAUGAGAUCUGAGGAACAUUUCAUUGUUGUUGUCUGUCUGUUCAUUGUGUCUUAUCCUGUUUGUUGUAUCUCAAUUUUAUUCUCAUAACAGUUACAUAUCCAACUCUCAAGUAAGUUAUAU